AUGAACAGCAUAUUUGGAAGACUACCACCUCCUUGUGCAAUGAAUGGAUUUAACUACAACCCCCCACCCGCCAUGGAGUUCUACAAUCCUGAAGCGUCACUAUACGGUAUGUUCAGUUGUACAAUAAAUAAGACUUGGAAAAAUCUUUCAUUCUGUUGCGUGUUCAGUUGUCGUUUUUUUAUGUCUUGAUCCGGAUUAUCUUUCCAUAUGGCUAAGUGGUUUUAGGGCCAGCCGUUUUCUCCAGAUGGUUAUUGUUUUUUAGAAAAGGUUUACUCAGUGUUGUGUCUUUUGCUAAAAUACAGUUAGUUAAGAAAUAUUAGCACUGAACUCAAUAUGACAGCAACUUCUCCUUCUUUCAAUUAUUUUUUCUUUUGUCCGGCCCUCUUACUAAAACGAGAUUAACGCCGGACAACAGAUAUAACUUAAGCUAUGCAGCCAGCCCGUCUUUGCAGGGUGUUUAGCGACCAAAACAUCGGCUAACAAAAUAGUUACAUAAAUUCAUAUCUUUUUCGUUUCCUGUCGCUGACUUAAAUCCCACGAUAAGUCUAAACUGAUUUGUGGAUCAUCUUAUAAGUUAAAAUCCGAAACGAUAAAGGUGUUAACGCUGUAUUGAAAUGUACUGUCACGGUUUUUGAAAUAUCUCUGCAGUUAUAUAACUAAGAGACAACUUAAUUUUACUCGUAAGGACUGGUCCUUUAGGUUGGUGUUUUAAAAACUUAAUGUGAAAUUCAUGGACACUAAAUGUCAUAGCUGGUAGCAAAGUUCCCUCGUUUUAAGCAUGUCGAAUGACUGUCCUCUUGAAAGCAACUCAGACGUGAAAUUGAAAUCGACUUGAGUGAAACUGAAACAGCUUUCUUGAAAAACGAGUCGAGGCUUACUCAUUGUUUUCCAUUGUUCAUGGUCAAGGCUAUUUUGCAUUUAGGACCCCAAUGUAUCGCAUUUUGACAGAGCUUGAUGCUAAUCCAUAAGUAAGACUGACAUAUGUUCCCAAAACGGCUUGUUUUCCAAUUCUUUUAAUUGGUUUUCAGGAUUACCGCAAAAAGCGAUAAAUUUAGGUGCAUGUUUUGAGGCCGGUCACUCCUGAACGUUUUGUUAUAGUACCAAGCUAUACACACCGACAUUAAGAACACGCUAUAGCUACCAAUUUUUUGGCCAUAAUGGAGUUUGGCUGGCCUGGGUAUUACCCAUGCAUGGGUUGCCCACAGUGUCUGUCAGCACGAUUCAUGGAAGGUAUACAUCUAGCUUCUUGGUUUAAUCACGCUUAAAAACUCUAACAAUUAGAUAAUUUAUUAAUGCUUAAUUUUGACAGGAAGCUUUGAGCAAACUCGUCUAUUGCUCCUAGUAUAAUAAUAGAGCCUUAGUGACGAUAGUUACAAAGGAAAGUUAUCUUUUUUGAAGACGAAAGUUACUGCGCAAAAGUUCGUGCAUCUUUGUGGCAAUCUUGCGAAAAGGUGCUUAAAGAUGUUAAAUUACAGCUAAAUUCAUAAGAUUUUUUUUCAUUUUACAGGUCCGCCAAGAAAACAGCGCCGAGAGCGGACAACGUUCACGAAAGCCCAGCUGGAAAUUCUCGACGAGCUCUUCGCUAAGACAAAAUAUCCUGAUAUCUUCAUGAGAGAAGAAGUCGCAACGAAAAUUAAUCUUCCAGAAAGUAGGGUACAGGUUAGUACAACUGAGUAAUUAUCAUUCAAAUGUGUAGUAUUCGCUUCCGCAUACUAAAGAAAACCAUCAAAUUAAAUUCAUUUCUUUCCAACAGCUCUGAUAACAUUGAGCGGUGCUAAUUGUAUUAAGUUCACGGGGAGCAGGCCACAAAAACCAAAGAUAUUUGAUGUGGUUUUUUUUUAUUGUAUUAUUUCCUUAACGCAUUCAGAGACAUGUUUCCAAGUCUCGCUGUCGUUUAAAGUAGCACGAAAACGUGAUAACAGUUUCAGUUCAGGAGAACAUUGUUUUACCAUUCAGUUCUUUGUGAUUACUUUAUUCAUGAUCAAGCUAGAAAAAUAUCUGAUUAUUUUGCAAACAGUAUUUUUUGGGCAUAUUUUACUUUUGUGUCCCCAAUUAGUUGUGAAAACUAAAUACAUUGACCCAUUAAUAAAGCUUUUACUAGCUUUACUUUUACUUACUUUGCUUUUUGAAACAUUCCACAACCUCAUGGACAUUGUUACUCUCUAUCGCGCAUGCGUAGCGCACGGAAACGAUUAUCAUUUGACAAAGAUGAAAGAUCCGUCCAAAAUCCUAUUGAUUUGUUUAAAAAGAGGCGUAACCUGGUUGUUAGGGGAUUGCAGUCACUUAAUUAUCCACACAUUAUGCUGUUAUUAGUGAUUCUUUAUUUACAAAGGGACUGUUAUCUCACAACUGGACGCCCACAUCGGCGACAUCUUCGGCCGACUGGCAUCAAAUGACUCUAUUAACACGUGUUGAAAAAUUCGCACGAAAUGUAUUGUAGUGCGAUACUUUGAUUUAGAAUUCUCAUCGACUUAAAAAUAGACGCACAUCAGUGAAGAGAAGGCGUUUAAGAGUUUAAUAUGCUUUAUGGCUUGCAGCACCUCAAAUCAGAAAGGUGUAAACACCACAAAUUGCUAUCGUGAGAUGCAAAAGUGCAGUGUUAUCCUCACAGUUUGAAAUUCUUGCCCUUUCAAGUACCGGGCGUCGUCAGUUUUUAUUUAGACUCACGCGAAUGUUUCUUUCUGUCAAAAAGCUUUUAUGAGACUUUCCCUUUACUUUGUAUUCUUCGAGGCAAGCUUUGUCAAGAACUUCCCUUUAGUUUAGGCCAUCGAUGUGAUCGAAUGUAGUCGCAACUCAUGAUCCAAUCGCAUGACCUCGCCCAUGCAUUUGUCUGGUUAGACUGGUUAGCGUUUGUGCCCAUAUCUAUGAUACUUACAGCUUCCUGUUAAAUACCUAACAAUUUUUCGCACCUUUGGAUUGUACACAUUCAAAUUGUUUUUGUUCACCCUUAUUAAAGCUCUAUGCUGAUAGUUAUAUUUAAGGUCAUGAAAAGAAUGACAGAUAAACAUAUUUGACGGAAAUGUCAGGUUUAUCAAGAUUUUAUCAAACAUUCCAUAAUUUUCAUUCGUUUUUCUAUCUUCCUUUCUCCAAGGUAUGGUUUAAAAACAGAAGAGCUAAAUUUCGACAGCAAAACAAACAACAGCAAGGAGUCCAGAACAAGCCGAAGCCACCGGUGAAGAGAAAAACACCUUCACCCCCUCUUCAACAAGUUCAAGAUCUACCAAAGGCAUCUGGCCAAGCUCCUCAUGCGUCACAACAGAUGAAUAACUUCACCUUCGGUGCCCCCUCUUGGCCGAACAAACACAAUAUUCAGGGAUUGCCCAACAUGCAGAGACACGACAAUUAUCAGAAAUAUAUCAACAGUAGUAUGAAUGCUUUUUCGGGAGCUAAUUUUCCAGCCGCACAACCUCAUUUUAAUCCGAACCACGAACAGUAUUUUCCUUAUAUGACAAACGGUGGCCCAAUGCCAGGCGACCUGACAAGAAAUCGACUAGAAUCAUCACCUUUGAUGUGUUGAGAUAAUUUCUGUCCUUGCUAGUUUUCUUCUUGUCAUCGAAAGCAACACUUAGUAUAACAGUUCUCGAAUUAUGAAAUGUACCAUUUCUUUCAUGUCUCCACUAGCUAGCAAAACCAGCCAAAACUGUGGGCCGAAUAAGUCCCGUUAAAAUCCUAACUAGACAGAAGAGUUAUCACAGAACUACAGUUUGUGGCUCAUUUCCAUUGCUUGUCAGCAAAAUUAUUCUUUUUUUAUUACGUCAUAUUUUUGACAACUUUUUUUUGUUUUGAUUUUCAAACCUUUUGUUCGUUUAAUAGGAAGACCAUUUUACAGUUGUGGACUUAGUAUCCUAGCCUUUGAGUGUAGGUGAGGCUGAGGUUGACCUUUGGUUUUGAUACAAACCUCCUUUUGUAAUGGAAAUUGUGCUUAAAAAUUUGUUCAGGAGCCUGACUUGUUAGCAUAAGAAAAUAUGAUUUACAUAAUAAAGCAGAAAGGGUUAUAUCAAAGGUCAACUCCAGCCUUGUUUUCACCUGUAACUGUAAAGGAUGAAUUUAGGUUUCUUGGAAACUGCCCAGCUACCCCUCCCCUAAGCUAACAUUAACACUUGCUUCUCACUUAGGGCAAAAUAAUGGCUUAGGGAAGGGGUACUUGCGCAGUUUCCCACAAACCUAAAUUGAUUCACUGUAAAAUGGGUUGUUUUCUGUUUGUUUGACUGGGCACUCAAAACAGAAAGAAACUAUUCAAUAUCAUGCAUCAUGUUUUACGCCGAAGAAACUGCAUGAAACAUUAUUCGAUGUCAAGAGCUUUAGGAGACAUUCAUUUACUCAUUAUAGUAUUUAACCCGAAAAAAGUUGAACGUGUUUUUCGCGGGAUAUAAUCUGCCAGGCCACAUAUUGAGCACAAUUUCUUACUUCAUGUUCUUGACCGGCAACAAAUUCGAAAAAGUAUUGAAAGUUGCCCUUGCUAGUGUGAAUUGUGUAUACUAAAUAAGUUUACUUAUUUUCAAAUUCAUUCUAAAUUCACUUACUGUCUUUAAAUGUCGUAGUCUUUUAUCAUUGCAUCUUCCAAUAUAAUUUCCAAAAAGGGGUUACAAGGCGUUCAGAAUGUAUAUUGUUGAAAUGAUGUUAACGGACCUCCUUAUAAAUUAAUUUCUUUAACCUCGAAUUAAGUAAGUUAAUUUGUAUCAUCCUGCUUAUUUAUCAAUAUGUAAAUAGCUUAAAAUUUUUACUGUUGGACGAAGAAACCAAUUUGUAUACAUGCUUCUUUUAAUGUGUUACGACAUUGUAACUUUUAAUGCUUAAUAACAUCUCCAAAAUUUUUGGAGUCGUUGUAUUGGACUUGUGCAAAUAUAAAUACUUAAAAGAACCAAAAUAUUAUUGAUAUGAUUACUAAGGGAAUGUUAAAAUAAACUAGAAAAGUUUAAUUAUUAAAGAACGUUUAUAAUUGCCCCAAAAUUAUAAUAACCUAGUAUUAUAUCUGGUAAGCGUUGGGUGAAACCCAAAUCAGUAUGUUCUGAAACUAAUGUCCAGCUAGCGAAAGAUCUCACCUCGAAAAAUCCAAAAAUAACACGCAAACUGCGGUGAUAAACUUGGAAAAACGCACAGCGGGAAAAAUAUGUCUUUUACUUUAUGUUUCGUUUAGUAGACGAAACCUUAAGUUAAAAGUCUUUCCCCUCUAAGAAGUUUUUACUCAUGUUUAUCACCCGGCAGUUUUUGUGUUAUUCUUCAUCAAGCUACGAUGAGGAAAAAACAAGUGUAUUUCCGAUGAGCCACAGAAAUUCCCUCAAAACGUUACAUGACGGUGUAGCAUCGGCAAAACACUGGCUUUAACUCUUUUUAUCUGUAGAGUGCAUUGAUUAAAACUCUAGAAACCCUCCAAAUUAAACUUUCGCUUACUUUUUUUAAAUUUUAAGGGUACCACAUGAAAA